AUGACUCGUCCGCCUCCCGGCGUGAGCUUCGCGCAAUUCUUCCCCAACGCCCCCAAGCUCAAAACAGAGGCCCAAGGACGUGCCAAGCGGGGCCUCCACGUCGUUGACCCGGCGCAAGACCCAGCCGCCAUGACAGAUGCCGACUCGAAUGGUUUCGCUCGACGUUGCCAACCCUCUUCCUCAUCAGAUCCCACCCUGCCGCAGCCGCAAGCCGACGACAACGGGUCGUCGCCGGGUGAUAUGCCCAGUACCGUGGGCUCAACAAGCUCACAUGCCAGCUCUGCAUCCUCCCUCUUCAGCGCCUCCUCUGCCCUGCCAGCUGCGACAGCCACGUCCGCCGGACCAUCCAUGAGCGCGACUCCCUUCACUUCCACAGACUCGCCCUCCUCCCUCCACGCGCCUGCGAAGUCUAGCAUGUCUACGCCUUCAAUCGUCGACCGCGCUUUGGGGCCACCGCCAGACAAUGCCGCGUCCGCUGGCCAACACCUGCGGCAAGACAGAAACUCCUCGAUUGAACGCAUCCCAGCUCGAGACCCCUUGCCUUCGAUCAAGGGCAUCAAGUGCAUACAUGACCCGCUCCUCGAUCGACUACGCAAAAAGGUUGUAAAUAAGAAUGCGAAACCAGUAUACAAGGAAUUCGGCUUGGUAUAUGACGCCCCCCCUGCGGAUCCUCGCCUGACAAAGGCGGGAGAUAGGUUGGGAUAUAUCAACACAGAUUAUUAUCUGCCCAAAGCGCGCCUGCGCCAUGCUCCUGAGAACCUCAAGCCGUAUCCCUAUGACCCGAAAACGUCCAUUGGGCCGGGCCCCCCUACCCAGGUCCUAGUCACCAAGUACAACCCGCUGGUGUCAUUCAACAAAGUUAUCGCCAUCUUCGCCGCCUUUGGCGAGAUUGCAGAGAGCAGCAACAAGAUGCAUCCAGAUACGGGCAGCUAUCUCGGCUUCGCAACCAUUCGAUACCGCGACUCUAAACGCCCAGACCGUCCGCGAGUGUCUGCUAUCGAUGCCGCGCGACGGGCUGUUCGCACUAGAGGAAUUAAGGUCGAUGCCGACAUUGUCAAGGUGGAAUAUGACCCUGAAGGUCGGAAGAGCCGGCGCAUGCUGGAAGAAGUCCUCAAGAGAGAGAGAGAAAAGCUGGCCAACGAGUCGGCACGAAUAAAGCCUCCUCCCACCGGGCCCAAAUCUUCGACUGCCCCUGGCUUUUCCAGGCCUCCUCCAACAGCACCCAAGGGCCUCGCACCCCAAAGACCUCACCCGACGCUUGGAGUCCCAGCUACAGCGCCCUCACAAUUAGCAAAUGAUCCAUAUAUAUUUGUUGGGUCUGAAAGUGUCCCGACUCUUCCCAGUAUAAUACCCCAUAUGAAGAAGCGAUUAAAGAAUUAUGGAUUUGAAGAUAUCCGCCUCGACAAAACAGGGUUCUAUAUCGUUUUUCGAAACUCCUUUACCGGGCGAAGCGAAGCUGAACGAUGUUUUCGGGCUGUUAAUCACACCGAAUUCUUCAACUACAACAUGGCUAUGCAACUUUGCGUACCGCGAACAUCCUAUAUCGAUUCCGCCUCGAAAUCAAGCCCUAGCCCCGAGCGAGCACCUAGAAAGGAUCAUCGGGCAGAGAAGGCAGAGUUGGAAAGGAAGCGCCGAGAAGAGGAGGCCGACCUUGAAGAAGAAAAGAGGCAGAGGGCCAAGAAUUUUGACCCUGUAAUCGAAGCCGUCGAGGUGGUUCGGCGCGAAAUGACUGAACAUCUCAUCAGGCAUAUCCGCACUCAAGUUGCGGCGCCGGCUCUGGCCGAAUUUCUCAAUCCAGCUAAUCACGUUGCCAAGCGUCGGAAACUUAACAUCGACCCUGCAGAGACGGAAGAAGACGCCUUCGAUAGUGGUAGCACCAGCCCCAAACUGGGGACUCCCAAUUCUCGAGCAGAUCCUAUCGAGCGCCGGACCGGCCGAUUGGAGCCCAAGGCCCUCCCAAGGAUUCGCAAGAGUAAAACAAAGGGUCUCGCUCAUCGGAGCACCUUUGUCGAUCCUUUUGCACGAAAACGGCCUUCGGCGACGCGUACAGCGUUUCGAUCCUUGCAUCAUCGUCUCAAAAGCUUGGAUAGCGACUUUGAGUCUGACGAUGAUGCAGAUGCCAGAGUACUGACGGCUCGAGAUGUUCGCCAUUCGGAAUCACGCCCACGAAGUCGCAUGAGUACUGAUGAUGAGGCUUCCAAGGAUGAUUUUGCCUCGUGGGGCCCAGGUGAAGACGACUCCAUGACGGAGGCCAGUCUGGCCAUUGACAGCUCAAUUGUGAAGAAACGGAAGUUGGAAGUCUCGAUUGAGAAGGCAUUCAAGAGACAGAAGAAAUCCGACGAGGAAUUAUUUGGCGUCAAGAUCGAUCAGAUUGAUGCGGAGUUUAAAGUCGUCGAGGACUCUGACGAUACUGGUCUGGACCUGGAAGCGGCUGCGGAGCGAGAGGACUCGACUCUCCCUGAUGGACCCUUGUCACAAGCUGAAAAGCCGUCCAAGACAAAGCCCACCAAACCUAAACGAAAAUCUAAGAAACAGUUGCUCCAGGAACAAGAGGCGCAGGCUAAACAGUCUGAGGCCGAAUCACAGCUUUCGGAUGCGGAUGAAGCGAAACCCACCAGCGAGACCGUGCCAGAGCCCGAGAUCGUACCCGAGAAAUAUGACGAGAGGCUUUUCGCGACCAAGCCAAUGACUGCGGCGGCAGCACUCCCCGACGGUUUCAAACCCGACAUUACUUCUUUGGCGGCUCUGUCCCUGGGACCCACUGACGUUCCGGAUCUCACUAGAUUGCUCAAGAAGUUCCAGAUCGAAGAGAUUGGCAACCCCGAGCUGUGGUUGUGGAAACGGAACCGCGUCAGGGAACUCAACACGUCUGAUGGUCUCAUAGGCGGCCCAGUUCGUAUUGAGGGUUAUUAUGUGCCGAAUGCAAGUGGCUGCGCUCGAACUGAAGGAGCCAAGAAGAUUCUCAACUCGGAGAAGUCAAAGUACCUACCGCAUCACAUCAAGGUCCAAAAGGCCAGAGAGGAGCGGGAGGCCAAUUCCAAGAAGACGGGCAGGGAUGCCACUAUGGCGGCGAAUGAAGCUGCCAAGUUGGCCGCCGAAAAACUCAUCGCCAAGGGCAACUCCCGAGCAAACCGCGCCACAAACCGACGAUAUGUGGCUGACCUCAAUGACCAGAAGAAGACGCUUGGCCAAGACUCUGAUGUCUUCAAAUUCAACCAGCUUAAGAAGCGGAAGAAACCCGUCAAGUUUGCUCGCUCUGCUAUUCACAACUGGGGCUUGUACGCUAUGGAAAAUAUCAACAAGGACGACAUGAUCAUCGAGUAUGUGGGUGAGGAGGUUCGACAGCAGAUUGCAGAGAUUCGGGAAAAUCGCUACCUCAAAAGCGGUAUCGGCAGCAGUUAUCUGUUCCGAAUCGAUGACAAUACGGUCAUUGAUGCCACGAAAAAGGGAGGCAUUGCACGAUUCAUCAACCACAGCUGCAUGCCCAACUGCACCGCCAAAAUCAUCAAGGUCGAGGGUAGCAAGCGAAUUGUCAUUUAUGCUCUACGUGAUAUUGCCAUGAACGAAGAAUUAACAUACGACUACAAGUUCGAGCGGGAGAUUGGCAGUCUAGACCGUAUCCCCUGCUUGUGUGGCACGGCGGCGUGCAAAGGGUUCCUCAACUGA